AUGCCUGGGAAGUGGAUUUCUGCUCUGCUCCUGCUGCAGAUGAGUUGCUGCUUCAGAUCUACAAGCUGUGGAAAGGUGUUGGUGUGGCCAAUGGAAUACAGUCAUUGGAUGAAUUUAAAGAUAAUACUGGAUGAACUUGUACAGAGAGGCCAUGAAGUCACUGUUCUGAGACCUUCGUCUUCCAUCUUUCUUGAUCCCAAAAAAUCGCCUGGCCUUCAAUUUGAAACUUUUCCUACAUCUCUGAGUAAUGAUGAAAUGGAAAAAUUUUUUACAAAGUUUGUGGAUACGUGGACUUAUGAAAUCCCAAGAGAUACAUGUUUGUCAUAUUCUCCUUUACUUCAAAAACUGUUUGAUGAAUACUCUGAUUGUUAUCUAAGUCUUUGUAAGGAAGCUGUUUCAAACAAACAGCUCAUGACAAAACUCCAAGAGUCCAAGUUUGAUGUCCUUUUGUCAGAUGCAAUUGGCCCCUGUGGGGAGCUCAUAGCUGAACUGCUCCAGAUUCCUUUUCUGUACAGUCUUCGCUUCUCUCCUGGCUACACGAUGGAAAAAUACAGUGGAGGACUUCUACUCCCUCCCUCUUAUGUACCUGUAAUUCUGUCAGGAUUGGGUGGCCAAAUGACAUUCAAAGAGAGGGUGAGAAAUAUGAUAUGUAUGCUUUAUUUUGACUUUUGGUUCCAGACAUUUAGAGAGAAUGAAUGGGAUCAGUUUUACAGUGAAAUUUUGGGAAGGCCCACCACCUUAGCUGAGACAAUGGGCAAAGCAGAAAUGUGGCUCAUUAGAUCCUACUGGGAUUUGGAUUUUCCUCACCCAACCUUACCAAAUAUUGACUAUGUUGGAGGACUUCAUUGCAAACCUGCUAAACCUCUGCCUAAGGAAAUGGAAGACUUUGUCAAAAGCUCUGGAGAGCAUGGUGUGGUGGUGUUUUCACUGGGAUCAAUGGUCAGUAACAUGACAGAAGAAAAGGCCAACGCAAUUGCAUGGGCCCUUGCCCAGAUUCCACAAAAGGUUCUUUGGCGAUUUGACGGCAAAAGACCAGCCUCCUUAGGACCUAAUACCAGAGUCUACAAGUGGCUCCCCCAGAAUGAUCUUCUUGGUCAUCCAAAAACCAAAGCCUUUGUAACUCAUGGUGGAGCGAAUGGCCUCUAUGAAGCAAUCCAGCAUGGAAUCCCUAUGAUUGGCAUUCCUUUGUUUGGGGAACAACAUGAUAACAUUGCCCACAUGGUAGCCAAAGGAGCAGCUGUUACACUGAAUAUCAGAACAAUGUCAAGUUCAGAUUUGCUCAGUGCACUGCAAGAAGUCAUUGACAAUCCUUUUUAUAAAAAGAAUGCUAUGUGGUUGUCAACCAUUCACCACGACCAGCCUAUGAAGCCCCUGGAUAGAGCAGUCUUCUGGAUUGAGUUUGUCAUGCGCCACAAAGGAGCCAAGCACCUGAGACCACUUGCACACAACCUCACCUGGUACCAGUACCACUCUCUGGAUGUGAUUGGAUUUCUACUUGCUUGUGUUGUGGCCACUAUAGUACUUUCUGUAAAGUGCUGCUUGUUUGCUUGUCAAUUCUUUGUAAAGAAGGAAAAGAAAAGGAAGAAUGAGUAGAGUUCAUUGACAAUGCAAUGCGUGAGUGAAAUG